UCUCAUCGUUCCUGGUCGUUUACUCUUCCCUGUUGUCAAUAAAAAUAAUUGGGAAAGAAAAAAAACCAGCGGUAUUUGAUUAUCGAAUUCUGCCGAAUCUCCAUUUAAUCUAGUGAAGAAUCUGUUUGAAAAUUGUCGAAAAAAAUCCAUUUUUGUAAGAUACAAAUUUCUGUUAAAAGCGUGAUUCCCUUAUUCAGUGUCCUAAUUCUCUAGAAAAGAACAGUUGAAAGAGAAAAAAGUCAUUAUGGAGUCGUACGCAAGAAGCGGAAACGGACUUCCCUCUAUUUUUCUAUUGGUAUUUUUAUGCUCGAGCCUUCCCGUUCAAAUAUCGUCGGACUGCUAUGGAAAAACUAUACUCCGAGGUCCUCCAGGUGUGUCCUGCCAAGAUAAACAGACAAUUCUCGAUGAACAUAAUCGUCUACGUCAGUUGGUUGCCCUUGGCCGAGUUCCCGGCCAGCCUGGAGCGGCAAAUAUGAUGGAAAUGGUAUGGGACGACGAGCUUGCAGCAAUAGCUCAAAGAUGGGCAGACAAGUGUGCAGAGUCACACGACAAUUCGAGGAAUGUCCGGAGAUUUUCAGUGGGACAGAACAUAGCUCGAACGUGGACGACGAGACCCCCGGGGCCUUACGACUCUGAACCCAAUUGGAGGCGACAAAUUUUCGGUUGGUUCAACGAGGUACAACACUAUCAAACUGGCUACAGCAGAACCACGGGUCAUUACACUCAGCUUGUCUGGGGUGACACUUAUCUCGUGGGCUGCGGCUACUCGUUCUACUACAAUCCUGCUGAGGGAUAUACAAAGAAUUACGUCUGCAACUAUGGACCAGCUGGAAACGUGCUUGGCUAUCAGCCCUAUCAAUCCGGCCAACCUUCGUGCAACAGCUAUGGGAUGUCUUACUCCAACAGAUAUUCUGGACUAUGUUCCUCUGAUGGCUACCAUCAUCUAGGAGCACUUUGCGCAUAUGGUUAAUCAAUUGCAAGACUUCAGUUGGCCGUACUCUUAAAAGGAUUCAGCAUUAGCAGUGAAGCAGCUUGGAGUCACAAACCACGCCCAAGUUUACGAUCGAAUUCACUCAAUGUUCACCCACAUCUGACACUUUCAGUUUCUAAGAUCAUACAUUUAAAGAAAAUUGACGAUACACAGCCUUUGAAUUGUGUUAUUCGAUGAUACGGAUCUAAUGAACAAUUUGUUAGAAAAUUUAUUAGAAGAUAACUUGUCUAAGAAUCUCAGCAAUCAUAUUUCGAGUCUUUGAUCAAUGUAAACCUAAUUUCCGCUCAAGUGAUUGAAGCUCGGAAGAUUUUUGGGUUUUCUCGAAUACUUGAGACUCGGAUUUUAUCAAAAGCCGCGAAGCUCUCUGCGAAGCACUCAAAUAAUGUUUUUUCAUUGUCCUAAUUAUUAUAUAUUCAAUUAGCUAAAAGUAAUGAAAUUAUAGGAUUUGGCAGAUAUGAAAAUAACAAAUAUUAGCUUCGAUUAAUUGUUUACCUGGAAAUGUGUUCUCAACUUAACGUCUAUACGGAUGUAACCAGAGAUUACGUUGCAGAAAACUGAUGGAGAAAGGGUUUGAGAGUUUAGGAUCGUGUUCGAAGCCACGUCGUUUAACUUGACGCGGUUGUUGGGGGUGUUACACUUGCAUAGACUAGACAUAAUCUACUGUAUAGAGUAAACGCUUCUAGUCCAUUAGCUUAGUAUCCGGCAUCUCGUUAGGUUAUUGUCAAACGUUUACUUAACGAUAUUUUGAUUAUACAGUCAUGUUCGAAACUUGAACAACGUUUCAUCUCUAUUUUGCCUUAAUUAUACAGUACUAAAAAAAUUUUAAACGGAACACUGCAUCUAGCGACCGAAUCCAACGUGAUUAGUUGAUCGAGGCAGUAAUGAAAACGAAUUUUUUGACAAGACUGUGCGUCCUUAAUAGCUUUGAUCGAAUUUAUUAUAGAUUCAUAAUUUCGCAAUCGUCAAAAGGGUGUAUGUAGCAUUUUUAUCGAUUUGUUAUCGACAUUGAAGAUUCAACGUGCACUUUUUGCAACAUAUUUCAUAGUAAAUGUAAUAGCGCACAUUUGGAUUCUAGUUAUUCGACCUAACAUAAUUUAGUUUACGGAUAUUUUAUUUUAAAUACAAGCAAUAAUUUUUCUACAUUACAUUAGCAAGGAAUUAUCACAUGUACUGACAAAUAGUCAUUCAUUUAAAUCUCCAAAAAAACUUUUUAAUAGUGGAAACAGAACGCUGAGUAUUAAAAAAUCGCAACUUCCUGUAGAAAAUUACCACUCCAAAUUGUUAUCAUUACUUAUCAAUAAAAACUGUUCACUAAA